CCCUUAUGCGGCUUUGUGGACUUGGGAAGACAUACCCCCGAUGAUUUGAAAAAUAAAACGGUAGAUCGUGCCUUAGUUUUUAAAUUUGUACCUUUCAGAGGUAGAUGGGUUCAAUCCUUGGGUUGCUUCCUUUCAAAGAAUGCGUGUAAAAGCGAACCACUACAUAAGCUCAUUUUAGAAUGUAUCGUGCUUAUGGAAAAUAGUCCUAUAUGUAUUGAUGCUGUUGUUAUGGAUGGUGCAUCAUGGAACCGAGGCGUUUGGGAAAUUUUUGGUGUAGACGAAAACAACAUCAGCUGUGAACAUCCUUGCGAUAGCUUGAGGCGAUUACGGAUGAUAUCAGAUUUCAAUCAUUUACUCAAAUUCUUUCGAACUUCUACGUUAGAUGAUAGACUUCAAGAAUUCAAGACACCUUACGGAACUGUUGAAAAACGGCAUUGGGAAGCUCUCUUAGAAGAGAAAAAUUAUCGGCAACCAAACAUGAAAAUUGCUUACAAGCUAACACCAGCGCACUUGAAACCAAAAGGCUUUCAAGCGAUGAAUGUUCCUCUAGCAACUGAAGUGUUUGGUCAUGAGGUAUCUGUUGCGAUGGCACACUACCAACCAAUGUGCAAUAAAUUGAAAGAUUCGACUCCAACGCAAAAGUUUAUUGAUCUCAUUUUCAACUUAGUCCAAGCUAUGUCAUCGCGUAUACCAGGAAAUGCUUUGUACGCUAAAGAUGAUUGUCGUAACAAACAGGCAAUACUGAAAUUCCUCCAAUUUUAUGAAGAUUGGGAAAAGUUUGAGAAGAAAAUACCUGUUUCGAGGAGUACUUCAGUAGGGUUAAAAGUUACCUUACGGGCAACACUAGAAAUUUUGGACAUGCUCAAAGACGUAUGUGAUUCUAAAUAUUUGAUGACAGCAACUUUAUCCCAAGACCCUUUGGAGGUAGUUAUACAAAUCAACAUUGUUUUACCAUUACUUAUUAUUAUUAUUAUUAAUAUUAUUUCCUAAUGGAUAUUUAUCUACUUUCAAUUUCAGAGAUUUUUUUCUGUCAUGAGAUAUUCUUGUGGAGGAAAUGAU